AUGAUAACAACAUUUAUCUUAUUCAAUUUUGCUGUGAUUCUAUCUGAAGCAACUACUGUUCAAUAUAAUUGGACUAUUCACUAUGCUAAGUACAAUCCCGAUGGUGUUUAUCAUGUUGUGAUUGCGAUUGAUGAUGAUGAUGGAAUUUUUAAUUUUCUUGGACCAACAAUUCGUGCUUGCAAGAACAAUAUCAUUCAGGUUAUUGUUCACAAUAAUCUCCCAAAUGAAUCAACAUCUAUUCAUUGGCAUGGAAUUCAUCAAUUGAAUAUACCUUGGAUGGAUGGGGUUUCACACAUCACUCAAUAUCCAAUAAUGCCUAUGCAAUCAUUUCAUUACACAUUCGUAGCAAGUUCUGUCGGUACUCAUUGGUUUCAUUCACACAUUGGUACUCAAUAUGCCGACGGUCUCUUCGGGGUACUUAUUGUUGAAGAUUUGGAAGAUCCAUACGAAGGUUUGCCCGAAUUUUUACUUACGAUGACUGAAUGGUGGCAUAGAUAUGCGAUUGACCAAUUUGAUAUUCUUACUACACAUCCAACUAAUCAUCAUCAUGGAUGCGCAGUAUUCUUGUCAGGUAUUAUGAAUGGCAAAGAUCGAUACGACUGCUCUUUAAUUGAACAACCUUUAUUAAUGCUUAAUAUAACUGGUGAAGAACAGAAUCAACUCGAUGAUAAUCUCAUUUGUGCAUCCCAUCGACCUUAUGGAUGUUGA